CUUGUGAAAAAAAAAUGUGCUGAACUUCAGAAAUAGGUUACUUUUUUAAGUCAACUAGUAUCUGCUAAAUUAAAUUCUGUCAAUUAUUUUUAUGAAAUGUGUGAUAUACAUUUAUCUCCUAAUUUGUCACUAAUUAUAAAAAAUUUUGUAAAUGUUGCUCAAAAGAAAUCUCAAGGGUAUCGUUAUACUAAAGAGCUUAAGCAGCUUGCUUUAACUAUAUAUUUUUUCGGGCCUCAGGCUUAUAGGUUUUUGAAAAAUAUAUUGCAAUUACCUAGUACAUGGACUCUCCGUAGAAUAACAGAGAAAUUAGAUAUAGUACCAGGUUUAAAUGAUUUAAUUUUUGAAUCUUAGUCAAUAGUUUUAAGAAUGAUGCAAUGGACUGUGUUUUAUGUAUUGAUGAAAUGUCUAUUAAGACUCAUUUAUAUUAUAAUUUGUCAAAAGAUUACAUUGUGGGGUUUAAUAAUUUUUAUGACCAAAAAUCAUAUCAACCUGCUAAACAUGUGCUAUGUUUUAUUUUGAGAGGCCUAAAUUAUAAUUGGAAACAACCUAUAGCAUACUAUUUUAUAAGAAAUACCUGUACAAAUUUUUUUAGCUUUGAUAGUAAAAUGAAUGUGCCACCUGAACGGCCUUACUUUUUUGUGAAUCAACAAAAGAUAUUUUAUGUGUUUGAUGCUCCCCAUUUGUUGAAAUCUACAAGAAAUAAUUUUUUUAAGUAUAAUCUUAAAUUUUUGAAUUGUAUAACUGAUAAAAAGUUUCUUGAUAAUUUUUAUACUUGUGAUCAAAGUCUUUACCUUUUAGCCCCCAAACUAACUGAUGCACACAUCAAUCCUGGUCCCUUUCAAAAAAUGAGAGUACAGUAUGCCAGUCAAGUUUUUUGUGGUACAGUAGCAUCAGGUAUGCGUUGUUGUGUAGAAGGUGGAAUAUUGCCACUUGAUUCACAAUUUACCAUACAGUUUAUUGAAGAUAUGGAUAAACUGUUUGAUAUAUUAAACUCUAAGCCAAUUGUAAUUUGUAAAGAAUUUAAUCAGCCUUAUAAAAAUACUCUAAGUCAAAGAGGACAUUUAUUAUAUAUGCUAAGAUGGCAAAUUACCAUCAAUUCUUUAUUUCAAUUGUGGGAUGACAUUAAAAAACCUGAAUUUUCAUUAAGUACUUAUAGAUUGAACCAAGAUUGCAUGGAAAAUCUAUCUGGAAAUUUCUGCAAUCAAUGUGUGUUGAAAAGUGGUCAUACUGAUUUACCUACAUUAAAAUGGUGGACUGAUUCUAAUCACCUCCCUAUAUUGACCAUGUAA